AUGCUACUGUCAUUGUUAGAGCUGUGGACGCUCCAGUGGGAGUUCGUCUCCAGAGCUGACACCGUGCUUUUGUGCUCCCUCACGGCCGCAUUGUAUUACCUGUGGGGCCGCAAGAGUCAGAGGCCAUUGCUGGUGUGCGGUGAGACAUUCCGCGACUUCCUCCAGGAACACUGUCCCGUGGUGAGCGAGACCUUCAGUCCAACGUUAUGGUGCUGGGGAGGCCGCCUUCAAACGGUCGUGUGUUUCCUCAUCAAAUCCAGACCGCAUGUGGAUUACCGCAACGAAUUUAUCAAAACAGCAGACGGCGGUCAGAUCUCACUUGACUGGGCGGACAAUGACAUAAGCCCCGCCUACCCGGAUGCGUCCACGCGGCCCACUGUGCUCAUCCUCCCGGGUUUGACGGGGAACAGCCGCCAGGCGUACGUGCGGCACGCUGUCAGGCAGGCUGCCGGUCACGGCUACAGAUGUGUGGUCUUCAACAAUAGAGGCUUUGGAGGGGAAGAGCUGCUUACGCCACUCACGUUCUGUGCGGCCAACACGUCCGAUUUGGAGCAUGUGGUCCAGCAUGUGAAAAACCUCUACCCACAAGCCCCUGUUUUGGGCGUCGGCGUCUCUUUAGGAGGAAUGUUAUUGUUGAACUACUUGGGCCGCAAAGGCGCCGACUCCGGUUUGGUGGCGGGCCUGACUGUCUCCGUGCCGUGGGACGCGCUCAAGUCGGCGGAGACCAUGGAGGAACCGCUCAACUGGUUGUUGUUUAACAGGCACCUCACGCGAGGCUUGUGCCAGGCGGUUGUCAGGCAUGGAACGAUUCUGAAGAAAGUGGUGGAUAUCGACUACGUCCUCAAGGCACGCACCAUCCGCGAAUUUGACGAGCGAUUCACGGCGCCGCUGUUCGGGUAUGAGUCCUGCACGGAGUAUUACCAUGACGCCAGUCCAGAUAAGAAGCUCCCCGGUACCAACGUGCCCGUUUUGUGCCUCAACGCCGCCGAUGAUCCCUUCUCCCCGCAACAUGCCUUCCCGCUGAGCAUCGCCAAGGACCUUCCCAACGUGGCCCUCCUGGUGACGUCCCACGGCGGCCACAUCGCUUUCCUGGAGGGAUUGUUUCCGCGCGGUGCCGGCUACAUGGAGCGCGUCUUUAGCCAGUUUGUGCGCGCCGUCUUGGAAAACCCGCAGGAAGUCCGAAAAGCUUGCAAUCUGUCGCAAAGCUGA